AGAAAAUCAUGUUGUUUUUUCCCUAACGAUUAUUCCGGAAUGUGGUAACAAGAGGGUGAGAAUAAUAUAAACUUUAGGCGUGUCGGCGUCUGUUUUAUAAUGUUUUAAAGAAAAUUGCAUUAGAUGAACAUUUUUGUUACAAUAUUCUUAAAUGAUAGAAAUCUAAUGUAUUAAAAAAUGUACUUCCUAUCUUAAAAUGUUGAAGGUACAAACGAUUUCAUACAUGGAAAAUGUCCGCAAGAUUCUUUAUCAGUGGAAGAAGGUAUGUUCUUAUGGGGUAACAGGAGGAAGGUAGCCUUUGUCGGGGAAUGGAGACGGAGAGCGUAAAAUCGGGGGCUAGCGAGCAUAGCCAUAGCCAUCAUAGCAGAACUUCUCAAAAACAUCAUCGUACUCACAGUUCUAAAUCUCAUCACAGACAACACUCGCACAGAAGUACCAGGACCAAUCGCAGUCAGAAGAAAGAGAGACACAAUUUAGACUCCACUGAAAUGGCACCUUUUCAAACAACUGUUAAUGUUAGAGGUGAUAGCGUUGAUAAUUUAGGUCAAGAAGUUAUAGAAGUUCAAAUUCUACCUCAGGAUGAAAACUGGGGUGAAAAUACUACAGCGGUUACUGGAAACACAUCUGAUAGAUCUGAAUCAACUGAAGAUGUUAGUCAUUGGCCAAGUGACAAUGAGGGAUCCUUUGGUUCCUGUAAUCGAUUUAUGGGGCCUAUCGUAGCAAUGAUACUUGGGCUGAGUGCUUUUCUCAGUCCAAUAACUAUGGUUAUACUGCCUAAACUUGGAUUUUUUCCUGACUCUACAACUGUUCUAACAAUGCAACAAAAACUACAGUUACUGUCGUGUAAUGCUGAAUGCAAAGGCCAGUUGUUAGGUUUAGCUUUCAAGUUGGUGCUAUUAGGUAUUGGAAGCUGGGCUGUGUUUUUACGUUCAAGAAAUGCUACCAUGCCGCGUAUAUUCUUAUUCAGAGCAGGUGUAUUGCUUCUCACCACAUUAUGUAUUUGUACUUAUUGGCUAUUCUAUGUUGUUCAGGUUACAGAGAGUGCUAAGACAGCUGCUAAUGGUGAAAUAACAGAGUACAAAAAUUUAGUAAAUUAUGCUGGCACUCUUGCAGAUACUCUACUCUUUAUUCAUUAUGUUGCUAUAUUAUUAAUUGAAAUUCGCCAUCAGCAACCUAUGUUUUAUCUUAAAGUUGUAAGGUCGCCAGAUGGCGAAUCACGAUCUUACGCAAUUGGACAAUUAUCAAUACAGCGAGCAGCGGUUUGGGUAUUAGAAAGAUAUUACACGGAAUUUCCCAUUUAUAAUCCAUAUUUAGAAAGAUUGCCAGUAUCAAAAUCUGGUAGAAAACAAUCAAGCUUCAAAUUUUAUGAAGUUGACGGAGGGGUAACUGGUGGUGUUCAAUCGCGAGGAGGUAGCGGUGAUAGAGCAGUAAUAACGACUCAAACUCGUCGUAGAGAUUCUAGCCACAAUGAACGAUUUUACGAAGAACAUGAUUAUGAACGUAGAGUAAGAAAACGCAGAGCAAGACUAAUCACUGCCGCUGAAGAAGCAUUUGCACAUAUUAAACGUUUGCACUCAGAAGUUGAGUCGACUCCAAAUUCAGGUCCUAUGGAUCCUAUGGAAGCUGCACAAGCAGUGUUUCCAUCUAUGGCAAGAGCACUGCAGAAAUACUUGAGGGUUACUCGACAACAACCACGUCAUUCUGUUGAGUCCAUUUUAACUAGACUUGCGCGAUGUUUGGCUCAAGAUGCAGCACCGCGCGCAUUUUUGGAACCUUUCUUCGUAACCAGUCCUGUUUUAUCAAAUGAGAAAGAGAGGCAGAAACGAUCGCAUCAUUGGGCUUUAGUCUGCGAGGGAGAAUUACCUUCGCGACCGCUUGCUAAUGGCUGCGAAUUUCAAUUAAGACAAGGUGAAGUAGCGCUUCUAUGUACAGUAUACCACUUACCCCAUUUUCACCUCACCGAACAACUCGCACAUCCUAAAUCUAACAAAUUUUUAUUAAGACUAAAUUCCGAAACGUCGGUCUAACAGCCUAAAACAGAUAGCUCAGUUUUUGUAUUUUUUCCAAGGAGUGGGAGAGAUAAUUUACAGCCUGAUAUUUGUAUUCUUAACGAAUACAAAAGUUACUAAAUAUCAAUAACUUUUUUAUUGUAUAUAUCUGAAAAAAAGAAUAACGUAAUAGUGUAUCUAUAUUGUGAAUUAUAGCAAAAAAUGAUACUGAAGCAUGCAGAAUAUAAUACUCAUAAAAGUGAUAAAGGUUUUCUAAAGUAUAUUUUGUAAUGGAGAAAGUUUCGUACAUGACAACAUAGUUUCCAAUGUAGUGAACUCACUUUAAUGAAAUUAUUUAAUUUCUCCUUACUUAUAACAUAAAUAAGAAAAUUCAUUUCCGGUAUUUUAUUUCAGUAGUUAGUAUAUUGUUUUAAACAAAGAUAAGUAAAACAAAGACUAUUAUACACAAGAUUGCUUAAGGAACAAAUAUUUCCUACCGAUUUUUAAGAAUGUAAAGUAUUAAGCGUUAUCGUUUUAAUUAAAGAUUCCAUGUUAGUAUCUCAUUUACUACUUAACUGAUACACAUAUAUUUUUAUCUUGUAUUUUUCAUUCAUUUAAUCUCAUAGCAAUAAUUUUGCUAGCAACAGUAACAAACGAAAAAUAAUAAAAAUUAAACAUUUUAAAUAAGAAAAUAAUACAUUUUUAUAACAUAUUUAUAUGGCAGACUGUUUAAUUUAUAUACUACAUGCAAUUAUUGAUUUAAAUUCAUAAAUUAAUUUUUUGACCGAUCAAGCAUUAAAAGUAUACUUACAAAUUUUUGUUUUAAUAUUUUAGUAUUCGGCUCUGUACUUAAAACAAUUAAAUAUUAAUUUAUUUAUAUUUAUAACUGAAAAAGUAUACAUCUUUAUAUGCAUUUAUACAAUAUUGUAUGUAUUUAUAAUACUUUAUGUUAUACAUUUAAAAUACUAUAUGUUUUGGUAUUACUUAAUGUACCUAUUUCUACUAUGUUAAUUUUUAAUUUUAUAUUAAAUUUUUGUAUUGUUUUAAAACAUUUCAUAUUCCAAAAGGCUGAUAAUUUUGUAUUGCAUUUAAUUGCACAUGCUAUUGAAACAUAUAUACAGUAUCGAGCAAAGUAGGCUUCGAUAGUAAUUAAUUUUGACGAUAUUAGUAUUAAAAGUGAUUUAGAAACAAAAUAAUAUUAUGAAUGCAUAAUGUUGCAAUUGCGUUUUUUUUUGUACUUCUAUUCGAUAUUUAAAUUUUCGUACUUGAAAAGGAUUGAGUGUAAAUUUAUACAUAUAUGCCUAAAAAAUGUUUAACAUAUCACCGUUUAAAUAACCCAAAAUGUAUAUCACUUGCCUCUACUCAUAAAUUGUAUUAUUUAAUACUGUAGUAAUUUAAGAAUGUUGUGUCAAGGACAUACAAAAAUAUUUCGAAUUUUACAAUUUUGUAAGUAUGCAAUAUUAUUAUGGGUAGUCUUAUCCAUGAACUUUUUUUAUUUAUGUGUGAGUGUGAUGAAUGUAUCAAUUGACAAUGGAGUAUAAAUUUGCUGUAUAGUACGUAUUAAUUUUUUAAUACACAUUUUGACAUUGUGUAUUACAUUUUUAUUCUGUUCUAUGUGAAAUAUAAUAUAUUAGAAAUGUAAUUUGGUAAGACAGCUAUAUUUUGUAAAAAAAAUAAACCCAAGCACGCACAAGAUAGAAUUCUAUUGUCGCAAAAAUGCUACAGAAAAAUAAACAAAUAAACUUAUUACUUCAAAUUUUACUUAUAAGUCUCAAAUUGUUCUAUGAAAAAAUAUUUCAAUGCAAGACAUAUAUUUAUAGUAAUAUGUGAAAAAUA